AUUGGCAGGUGCUUAUAGACUGGUGGCGCAUUACUGUGCUGCGAUGGGUGUUUUCACGCGUCACCAGUGGGCGCCUCUUCCUGCGCACAAAGAGAGCAGAGCCCGGGGAUGCGCACAAUGUGAGUCUCCGCUCAGAGGCACCGCUGUCCUCUCUGCGUCUUGGCAGCAUCUUGUUGGAGUGUAACACGAGGAGGUCGAGGAUCAUCCGCGUUAUCAAACCACCACCACCCCCUGUCUCACAGCACGCAAACUCACUUGAUUGUGGAAUUUACCGAGCUUAGAGGUUACUGUUAGUCCCAUCCUUAAAGACCGAGAGACGCACUUAGACGGAGCAGAAUUUCAAAACUGCUGGAGCCAGACCAGCAACCUCUUCUUCAUCUUCUUCCCUCUUUUUUUUUUUUUUUUUUUUUUUGCCGCUGAGAGGACGUUGAAGAGUUGCUGUGAGAAAUGUUAUCCGCUCUCUGUAGAGCCUGAAAGAACGCACACACGCGGAUACUGGAAUUACAAUCAAAGCAGUUUCAUGAAGAGGAAAAAAAUUGCACCCUAGAACAAAUUAAAAUUCUUGUAUUCAAGAGAGAGCAUUCCAUUCACAAGCAAUUGGAUGAGAGACUUAUUAGCCCUCGGCAACUAAAGAUGAUGUUACCAUGGAAACAAAUUGUUCUGCUAUCAAUCACUGGAUGCCUUGCAGCCUGUACAGAGGAUGUCAUAUUUCAAGGGCCAAGAUGGAGGACGGAGCCAAGUGACCUCAUUUUACCGAUCAACUCCCCAGACCAGCAGGCUACCAUCAUGUGCGAGGCGGAAGGCAGCCCCACGCCGCAGUACAGAUGGUCACUAAACGGAACACUCAUUGAUCUGGGGAAUGACUACCGGCGUCACAUGUCUGGGGGCAGCCUGAUCAUUAGCAACCUGGACAAGGACCAAGACACAGGAGUGUACCAGUGCACGGCUUUCAACAUGUGGGGUUCCGUCCUCAGCCGCAGAGCCAGCCUGCAAUUUGCAUAUCUCGAUAAUAUCAAAACUCAAACGGUGAGGAGCGCUGUCAACGUCCGCGAAGGCCAAGGAGUGGUUCUCUUAUGUGGACCACCUGCACAUUCUGGAGAGCUGACAUUUGCUUGGAUCUUCAAUGAAUACCCGUACUUCGUCCAACAAGACAGUCGUCGAUUCAUCUCUCAAGAGACCGGCAGUCUGUACAUCGCCAAAGUGGAGCCCUCAGAUGUUGGAAACUACACCUGUGUGGUAAACAACACUGUCACAAAGGAGAAGGUGCUCAGCUCUCCUACACCGCUAGUCCUCAGGAGUGACGGAGUAAUGGGUGAAUAUGAACCCAAAAUAGAAGUUCAUUUCCCUGAUUCAGUUCCAGCUGCGAAGGAAUCUGUGGUGAAACUGGAAUGUUUUGCUCUGGGAAACCCUGUCCCAGAGAUAAGCUGGAGGAGAACCAGCGGCAUCCCGUUCCCCAGCAAAGUCAAAAUGAAGAAUUCAAACGCCGUCCUUGAAAUCCCUAAUUUCCAGCAAGAAGACGCAGGGACGUAUGAAUGCAUGGCAGAGAAUCGGCGAGGCAAAAAUGCUGCACGGGGUCGUAUUUCAUUCCAUGCCAAACCUCACUGGCUUCAGACAAUAACGGACACGGCUCUGUCCAUCGAGGAGAACCUCUUCUGGGAGUGUAAAGCUAACGGAAAGCCUAAACCAUCCUACAGCUGGCUGAAGAAUGGGGACCAAGUGAUGGCAGAGGGCCGGGUACAAAUCGAAAACGGGGCUCUCUCUAUAGCUGCAUUAAACCUGUCAGAUUCCGGGAUGUAUCAGUGUGUGGCUGAAAACAAACAUGGCAUUAUAUAUUCCAGUGCCCAACUAAUGGUGUUAGCUUCACCUCCCAGCUUCUCCAAAAGUCCAUUAAGGGCCUUGCUAAAAGCUCGCUCAGGCAGCGAAGUCACUCUUGAAUGCAAGCCUCAGGCCUCGCCCCCAGCAAUUAGCCUGUGGAAGAAAGGGAAUGAGAUCCUGCAGAGAACUGAAAGGAUUACUCUACUUCCCAAUGGGACGUUAAAGAUCGCCAACGUAACCAGACGGGAUGCAGCGAGCUACACGUGCAUCGCUAAGAAUCAGUUUGGAACAGCAAGCACGACCGGGAGGCUGCUUAUCACAGAGCCCACAAGAAUCACCAUGAGGCCGACUAACAUGGAGAUUAUUGUUGGCGAGAGCAUCGUGUUACCCUGCCAGAUUGCCUGCGAUCCAGCUCUGGAUGUGUCUUUCUCGUGGGCAUUCAACGGCCAGCUCAUCGACUUCCAGCGAGACAGCGAUCAUUUCGAAAGAGUGGGCGGGACCAUAUCGGGGGAUCUGAUGAUUCGUAACAUCCAGCUGAACCAUGGAGGGAAAUAUGUGUGCGUUAUUGACACCGAUGUCGAGAGCCUGUCCACCUCUGCCAUCUUGGUCGUCAAAGGUCCGCCAGGUCCUCCGGAUAAGGUAGCAGUGGAGGAGAUCACAGACAGCACGGCGCAGCUUUCCUGGACUCCCGGAAGGGACAACGGCAGCCCCAUCACCGGUUACAUCAUCCAGGCUCGGACGCCGUUCACAGUGGGCUGGCAGGCUGUUGACACAGUGCCAGAGGUGGUCAAUGGCAACAUGCUGACAGCCACAGUGGUGGGUCUGAACGCCUGGGUGGAGUACGAGUUCAGGGUGGUGGCCCGCAACAACGUAGGCCUCGGAGAGCCGAGCCCGGCCUCGACCAAGACCAGGACAGAGGACACCAUUCCUGAUACAGCUCCCACUGAUGUUGGAGGUGGAGGAGGCACCAAGUCUGAAUUAGUGAUAACAUGGGAGCCUGUUCCCGAGGAAAUGCAGAACGGAGAGGGCUUCGGCUACAUCAUCGCCUUCAGGCCCGUGGGCACGGUCACGUGGACGCGGGCGGUUAUCUCCACACCUGGCGUGGCGCGCUACGUCUUCCGCAACGACACCAUCCCACCCUUCUCGCCCUUUGAUGUGAAAGUGGGGGCGUACAACAACCGAGGGGAGGGGCCCUUCAGCUCUAUUGGCACCGUGUACUCGGCAGAGGAAGUCCCCAGUGUGGCUCCUAAGAGGGUUAGGACUAGAAGUGUGUCUGCAGUGCAAAUUGAAGUGAUCUGGGAAGCUCUCCCCACCGUCCCUGAAAGAGUGCUUGGAUAUGAGGUCGUGUACUGGGAAGACGACACCAAACCUGACACCAUUGGCAAAGUUCGCAUAUCUGGAAACUACACGCUGGUGAACAUUACGGGGCUGAAAGCGAACACGGUGUACUACCUCUCUGUGGCGGCCUUCAAUACAGCCGGCCCUGGGCCACAGUCUGCGCCUAUCAACACCACCACAAAGAAACCACCUCCAGAUCGGGCUCCACUCAACAUACAAUGGACCAUGAUUGGCUCCACACUCACGCUCCACUGGGAUUCUGUAGUAGCUAUGGAGACGGAGUCAAAGGUCACUGGAUAUUUGGUGCUGCUGAAGAGGCAUCGCUACAAUGACAUCACCACUAUCUUGACCAACAAAACCACUGUGGAGCUCAGCCUCUCCUCCAAUGACAACUAUCUCAUUCAGAUCAAGGCUAUGAGCGAGGGUGGAGAAGGUGUGGGCAGUGAACCCAUCCACAUCCAUAAAUUAAGCAUGGGAGCGCGGGGUUCGGGAGCGAUCCGCCUCAGCCCAUUGUACCUCUCUGCAGUCCUCAUCAGUGCACUGCUCUGCUCCGUCUGGUGAUGUCUAAUCAGAGCCCACGGAGCGCCCUCCCUUCCCCCUACAUCCCUUCAGUCAGCCCGUCCUAUGUAAACCCUCUACUGGACUGGCACGAGGCCUGGGCCUCAGUGGCAGGGCUAGGAAAGACUGGAAUGGACUGGACUCUGCCGAACUCUUAAAGGGACCACGCCACUUUCUUUUAAAGGAACCAUCGGAUCGAGACGUGACGAUUUGCGUGCAUGAUAUCUUUCAGUAUUUCUUCCAGCGUCGUAAGUGCCACCAUGCUCUAGGUUUCAUUUUAGGAGUUAUGAUGUCUACAUGACUUAUCUUAUUAGUAUCUCUGGAGAUACUACUGCCUUAAAACCCAUUUUACACAUACAGUCCAUACCAAAGUAGGUGACCGAGGCUGCUUGCUUUAUGGUUUCUUUAAUCCUAUAUAAGAAUCUUUUGCAAAAAAAAAAAAGGAAGUGUAUUCACAAGAAUUUAUCCUCUCAAGGUCAACUCAGCAGGUGAUUAGCCUAUAUUCAC